GACAUUUUAACGCCACCGACUGUUUACAUGCGCGCGAGAUUCGAUUGGUAUGUGUGAUGGUCCAAAAUUCUAACGUUAAAGAAUGAUAAAAUGGGUGUUAACUGUGAUGGUGUGAAGGCUUGGUUAAAAUCUCGUCAUAUCUCUGUUCUAGGAGAAUGGGUAGAAGCCUGUAUUGAAUGGAUACAACAAGAACAUCAGGGUACAGCAUUUUCUGGGAGUCAGCUAUGUAAGAUGGUGUAUGAGCAAUGGUUAGAUUCAGACCUAACUGAGAUUGCCACCCCAUGCCUGCCAGCUGGGAUCAAACAAGCCAAGAAAACACAACUCAAGGGAAACUAUGCCCUACAGGUGAAUUGUAUUCAAGAUAUUUCCAGCCCAGCAUAUGCUCAACUCACCAAGCUGCAGGGUCGAGAAAAUGAGAAUGCCUUGAUCACAGCGGCCCCACCUACUCAGGGAAAGUUUGAGCCGCCAACCAGCCGAUUGUUGAUGCUAUCUUUGACCGAUGGACAAGAGACUAUCCAGGCCAUGGAAUACAGGCCAGUGCCAUGCUUGACCUCUAAAAUCAAUCCAGGAGCAAAGAUCAUAUUGUCGGGUGAUAUGCAGUGUAGACUUGGUGUAAUCCUAGUGACACCUACCCAUGUCAAGGUCCUUGGUGGUGAGGUAGAGGCACUGAAAGAGGCCAACAGUCAAGAGAAGAUACUAGCAAGAGCGAUUGGAGUGACUCCCCCUGACAGACCAACUGAUAGCAUCAACCAGGAUGCAACCAGCAACGCUACCACUGCUGCGAUCACAACAGGACAGGCCACCUUCACCGCUGCUGCACCACAUCAACCAACCCCCAGUGAUAAUCAGCAACAGGCCUGCCAUCAACGCAGUGCACUUCCGAGUUGGCACAGCAAGGCUCCAAUAAAGCAGGAGCCACGAACCAACCCUUCCACUCAACAGAGACGGAGUCAAGGGCAUGAUGGGUCAGUCUCUGACAGGAAACCGACCAUUCAUCAAGGAUCAAUUCAAAGUCACUCCAUGACAAACCAAGACAUCGACCCCGCCGGUCAACAGGGUUGGAAUCGUGAGCACCCAAGGUCAGUGCAAGAUUCCAGACAUGCUGGUCAUCUCCGAACCCACCAAGGUCAGUCACGGUCGAACCAAGACUUCAAGACUGCGGGGAUCCAAGAUGCUUUCUUAGAUGAUGACUUUGAUGAGGGGUUGGAUGAACUCAUGCUAGAGGAACUGGAGAAUAUGGAGAAGGAAGCACAGAAGGUUAAGACGGAACCUAAUAUCGCUCAUCAAGAUUGGGAAGUUGAGGAUAUUGAUGAAGAGGAACUCUUAGCCAUGGAAUGGGAGAGCAGUAAUAAACCAGUCCAGAACAGACAAAGACCAAACAAUCCUACUGAAGAUCCUUCCCAUAGACCUAAUACUGCCAUCGGACCAACUGACUUUGGUCACACAAACCGGCAAUCAAGCUCAGUCAAACCUGUCUCAAAUGCUAGCACAGUAUUUCAAGACAGUGAUAGGACUAGUAAACCCUUUGGCAAGUCCCAGCUUGCUACAGCACCAAAAACAUCACCUGUAUUUGCAUCGAAUGUUGUGCCCCUCUUUAAGCGGGAGAUAAAGCCACCUGGCCAUGCAAGGGACAAUGCUUCAAGAAUGGUGCAAGGACCUCAAAGGACAGUAUCACCUGAAGUCCAAGCCAUGAACUCGCCAAGAACACAGCAUACGAAGCAGGGUGGCGAGCAUGGGUUUGAUAGAGGUGUGAAGCAGUCUGUGAAUCCUAAGAUGGCUGUUGCUACACGGAUCAUCAAGACAGAACCGGUCUCCCAGCAGGGCCUGGGUGAUGCCACCCAUAGGACUCUUGGGAAGACCAGUGUUGAUCCUGUGCCAGGAGGUCCAGAGGGUAGUGACUUUGUUUCAGCUCAAAGUCUUGUGAAGUCUGAAGAGGGGGAGAAUGCACCCAAGAGAAUGAGAAUGCACUCUGGUCCUCAGUGUGCCCGUCCUUUUGUCUAUCUCAUCAAGAUGGUCAACCAGCUGGAGAAGAAAGAAGCCUGUCGAUUUGAUGUCAAGGGUUUUAUAAUGACUCUUGUAUCAAGCCUGUCUCAUAACCCAACCUGGAGCCUCGCUGCUAAAAUCAAUGAUGGCACCAUGUCCUUGGAUGUAGAUAUCUCAGACAAGGUUUUGUCUGACAUGAUUGGUUUUACUGUCUCUGAAAUGAUGGAGAUGAAAGCCAGAAUGAAGAAGUGCGGAAAGGAACAGGUCAUUGAAAUCAAGGAAACUAUUAAACAGGGCAUUGGCCGUUGCCAGCAAACGUUGAUAGAUCUUUCCUGUAUCAUGACAAUCGAGGUGAGGCCAGAAUGUCCUAGGCCCUUGCUGAUCGCCGUGAGACAACCUACCAUGGAUGAUUGCAAUGCCCUCCGUCGGUGCCUCGAGGAAAGCUCGUGACGUCUCCUAUUGCCCCUGAUAGAUAUUUACUGCAUUAUGACAAUUGAGGUGAGGCCAGAUCCAGCCAAUUCAUAUUUGUGAUCCCUAUUUGAGCUCUUGAAUCGGAUACAAGUCACUAGGAUCGUCAUACGAUAGAAAAAUACAAGAAUAAACCCAAAUGUCUAGAC